AAUUGGUGGAUGCUAAUCCCAAUAAACGGCCUACUAUAAAAGAUAUUCAUGAUAAAAUUAAUAAUUUGAUAAAUUCAAAUGAAAAUAAACAACCAUUUGGCACAUUUGAGAAACAACUGUUUGAGAUAUUUGGUUAUAUAUUAACGGAUUUAGUCAAAAUUUUUAAAUCACCUAAGUUUGUUACUCUCAAGAUUAUAACUCCAGAAGAAUUUGAAAAUCACAUGAAAUUAAGUAAGAACUAUGCAAUGUUUGAUGUAUAUGGAUUGAUUCUGAAACCAGAAACGGAUGAAUAA